AUUCAACCACUAGCUUUAAUGUCCCUGUGUGUUUACUACACUACUUCGUAUAAGGAGACAUUCGCCUUUUACAUGCAGUGAACUCUGCAACAAAGCAGUGCUUUUUAGUAUUAUUUUAACGAAAACCCUUCAGGAAUCCACAAUGCCCAAGAGAAAGGGAGCCGAUGGAGAGACAAAGGAAGAGCCGCAGAGGAGAUCUGCAAGAUUAUCCGCGAAGCCCGCACCUCCAAAACCCGAGCCUAAGGCCAAAAAGACAGCCAAGAAGGACAAGGCAGUAAACGACAAGAAAGAAGACAAAAAGACCAAGGCGAAAGCCAAGGAGAGCACAGAGCCCGAGGCCAACGAGGAGAACCAUGCAGAAAACAACGGAGAGGCCAAGACCAAUGAGGUCGAGGCAGCCCCCGAAGAAACCAAGGAGGAAGCCAAGUCCGAGUAACAGCACUGCCACCUCUCUCCGUUACCUCCCUCUCUUUUUCUCCUCCACUCCCUCUUUCUUCUUCUCUACUUCCUCUCCGUCUUCUCUCCUGCCCAUGCUCAGUCCCAGGAAAAGCCCGAGCCUCCUGUGUGGUUGCCCCGACUCUCCAAGGCGUAUUGAUAACAGAGGAAUAUUUUUAUCGAUGAUUUUAUAAGUAUCAGUACAGAUUUUUAGCACAAACAACAAAAAAAAAAGCUAAGCGUCGGAGCGCACAGCCCGACUUGCCGCUAUCAUAUCAAGAGUCUGCGAGCAAGACAAAACACACACACACACACACACACCCACACAAAAAAAAAUCCUUUUCUGUUAUUUUUUUUCCUUCUUUUUUUAAAACAGCAUUCAUGAUUGUUGAUAGCUUGUCUGGUCUAGGAAGAGUAGCUGCGUGUAAAGAAGAUUAGUGUGUGUUGUCCUCUUAUGUUUGCAAGCCGUCUCCUUUACUGUAACCCCUUAAAAGUUUUAACAUGAGUGAUAUAUCUCUCUUUUUUUUUAAUGACUUUUCAUCUGUGCAGUGGGUUUUUCUGGCUUUUUCGUCUCUUGUCCAGAUUGGGGUUAAUUUUGUUUCAUUUCAGUGUAUUGUCCAUAAAGAAAGAGGAAUAGAACAUUUGACAACAUUCCAAGCAGUGCAACAUGGAACGUUGAGUUAAUGUAACUCUGGAAAAGAAAAGAAAAAAAAUCCCUGCUGAAACAACAACAAAAAGAAAAUAUUUUGUUAAAACAAACGAAACUAAACAAAAGAACCAAUACCAGCUUGUUCUAGGUCUCGCUGUUCAAAACAAUUUUCUAAACAGUAAUUUUUUUUUAGGAUUGAAUUUCAUGCAGGUGACUGUAAACCACUCUGAUGUUCUGGAUGUCUCUUAAUAAAACAAAACCUUGGAAUUUUCCUCA